AAAAAUAUUAUAAUCGAUAUUCUACAAGAACUGAGCAACUUAACACAAAAUAUUCAACAACGAAAGCUUUCAUAAGAGAAAACAGCAAGUGUGCACAAAAUGUCGGAAAUGCAAAUGGAUUGUGCGUUGGAUCUGAUGAGGCGGUUGCCACCUCAGCAGAUUGAGAAGAAUCUGAUUGAUUUGAUUGAUCUAACGCCAGAUUUAUGCGAGGAGCUGUUGUCCUCGGUAGAUCAGCCGCUAAAAAUUGCCAAAGACAAGGAACAUGGCAAGGACUAUUUGCUUUGUGAUUAUAACCGCGAUGGCGACUCCUAUCGAUCUCCCUGGUCCAAUAGCUAUUUUCCUCCCUUAGAGGAUGGACAAAUGCCAUCGGAGCGCUUGCGCAAGUUAGAAAUCGAAGCCAAUUAUGCCUUCGAUCAGUAUCGUGAAAUGUACUAUGAGGGCGGCGUCUCAUCCGUUUAUCUGUGGGACUUGGAUCACGGUUUUGCUGCUGUGAUACUAAUCAAAAAAGCAGGUGAUGGUAGUAAAAUGAUACGUGGCUGCUGGGACUCCAUACAUGUGGUGGAAGUGCAGGAGAAAACUACUGGUCGCACGGCGCACUACAAGCUCACUUCAACGGCAAUGCUAUGGCUGCAGACAAACAAACAGGGCUCAGGCACUAUGAAUCUGGGCGGCUCGCUAACACGGCAGACUGAGCAGGAUGCUAAUGUAAGCGAAUCCUCGCCACAUAUUGCAAACAUUGGCAAAAUGGUUGAGGAGAUGGAGAACAAGAUACGCAACACUCUUAACGCAAUUUACUUUGGCAAAACCAAAGAUAUUGUCAACGGCUUGCGCAGCACACAGUCCUUGGCCGAUCAGCGCGAGCAGGCGGCUAUGAAACAGGAUCUGGCAGCCGCAAUACUGAGACGCAAUGUUAAACCCGAAUCGAACUGAGGCAGUUGACGCCUUGGCGCUUUUGGGCGUUGCAGGGAAAGUACACGGUCAAUAAUUCAAUUGCAUUAUAAACAUAAGAGACUAUAAAGUAAUCCAAACACAAUGCAAACAGGCAUUAAUUUUGUAAAUGAUAAAACUUAACAAACCAAAAUAGUGAAACUUGUUAUCAUGAAAAUUAUAUUAAUGUAAAUUGACAGCCCCCGAUUCUUGACCGAUUGUUGCAGUUUUGAAAAUUAAGUUCCCAAACAUACCCACAAAUGUCGCAACAUAAAUGUUUUUGCCAAUCGCGCCAACGACGCCGCCGCCGCCCUCUAGACAGUAUCUUUAAGUAUUUGUAUUAAUACAUAAUUUGUAACUGAAAGCUGAGGCAAAUGUUUUUGUCCAAUAAGUUUGCAUUCUAUAUGUUAAAAAUGUUUGGUACACUUGAGAAUAGAUAAUGUGUUUAUAAAUAAAAAAGAAAUCUAUAUAUAACAUGUAAUAUGUAUGUGUAUUCUAACAAUAAGAAGCUCGAAGCAUAAAUUUUACAUUAUGUACUUUUAUUAACAUGUAUUGUAAUAUGUGAAGAAAUACACAUUACAUACCGAUCUG